GCCCCCUCGGCCGGCAGCUCCCGCCCGCCGCUCCCCGCUGCGCAGAGCGGCCGUGCCGGCGGGGGAUGGAGAGCCAGCGCUGCUUCGCCAACCGCUUCGAUGACUACCCGGGCAGCCCCGCGGCGGCGCCGGACAGGGAGGCGGCGGUGCCGCUGGUGACGGCCACCAUCGAGCGCAUCCUGCGGGAGCUGCCGCCCCUGGGCGGCCCCCGCGGCUGCCCGGGCGGGCUGUACGGCGGCGUGGCCGGCGUGGCCUACAUGCUGUACCACGUCGCGCAGUGCCCGCUGUUCGCGCCGUCGCGGGACUCGUACCUGCGGGCCGCCCGCCGCGUCGUGGACGCCUGCCUGCGCUACCAGGAGGGAUGCGGCGAGGCCGACGCCGACACCCGUGCCGCCUUCCUGCUCGGCGGCGCCGGGGUGUACGCGGUGGCCGCGCUGGUCUACCGCGCCCUGGGGCUGCCCGACUACGCCCGUCCGCUGGGCAAGUUCAGGGAGCUGAGCGAGGUCUGCGCUCCGCUCUCCUUCCUCGAGUGCGGCUCCGACGAGCUGUUCGUGGGCCGCGCCGGAUACCUGUGCGCCGCGCUGGUGCUGAAGCAGCGGCUGGGCAUGGAGGUGCUGACCGCAGCACAAAUUAAAUCCAUUUGCCUGGCUAUACUAGAAUCAGGAAAACAGUAUGCAGUGAAGAAGAGAAAACCAGUCCCACUCAUGUAUUCCUACUAUGGAACGGAGUAUCUUGGUGCAGCACAUGGGCUGUCCUCAAUCCUGCAGAUGUUGCUCUCCUAUUAUGAGUACCUGCAGCCAGCAGACCAGGAGCUCGUGUGGCAGAGCGUGGAUUUCCUGAUGGACCAAGAACAGAACAGCAACUGGCCCCCUGAGCUGGGGGAGACAAUCGAGCGGGAGAACGAGCUGGUACACUGGUGCCAUGGAGCUCCAGGCAUUGCAUAUCUUUUUGCCAAAGCUUACCUGGUUUCCAAGAAGCCUCAGUAUCUGGACACUUGUAUCCGCUGUGGAGAGCUUACCUGGCAGAAGGGCCUGCUGAAGAAGGGCCCUGGAAUAUGCCACGGGGUGGCUGGUAGUGCUUAUGUGUUCCUGUUGCUGUAUAGGCUCACUGGGAACUCAAAAUACAUAUACAGGGCACAAAGGUUUGCAGAGUUCUUAUUUACAGAAGAAUUUAAGUCUGGUUCCCGGGCACUAGAAAGUGUAUAUAGUCUCUAUGAAGGUUUCUCAGGAACUGUGUGUUUCCUGACUGACUUGCUGCAACCCAACCAAGCCGAGUUUCCUCUCUUCAGUGUCUUUGUCUAAAGACUGAUGUUCUUCAGAGCCACAUCCCGGUGGUGAUGGGAGAGGGCACCUGCAGUUUCACUUACUUGUCCAGACAGGCUAUUUACAAAACGAGCCGGGGUACCACUAAUGCUAGCCUUAAUGUAGCUGGGAGUCAGAUCAAAAAGAAAAUACACUGGGGCUUGGGGGGUGGGAAAGUGUGUGGUCAAAGUAAAUGGGUCAGUGGGGAAAAAACCCAUGGGGAACUAACUGAAUCAUAGAUAUUUAUCUAAUUAUUCAAGUGAGAGAGAAGGGGGCAUUAUCAAACUUUAAUUUGGUGAAAAAAAGGCAAGCUAGAAUUGCAGGAUCAUGCAAAGAAACAGUGAUGCACCCAGUAGGUUUAAAAAGAGUCCUGCAAAAACCAUUUGUGGAGCAAUGCACUUAUUGGGGAGGGUGUUGUAGACAUGUCACUGCACUCCACAAAGGCAAAAUCUGGAAUUUUUUUUUACCUAAACCCCAUCUGCUAGUUUUAGUAACAUGUAUUAGGAAUACCUGUAUCUUGGAGCUCUUUGGUCUUUAUAUGAUACAUAUAAUGGCAGUUCUGUAGAUAGUUAUGUGUUCAGGCUGCAGUUUCACAGUUCAUCUCAGCAAGUGGGGUCUCACGUGUGUAAAUUAGCACUGAAUUGGACCCUUCGUUUUAGAGCUCAGUCUGUGGCAAGGAGCUGGUCUCCUUUCUGAUCUACUGAAACUGUGUCAUGUCUUGUUAGUGUUUUCCCAGUCACAUGGAAGAUAGGUGGAGCCAUGGAGAAGACUUGGAUUGAAAAGUUCUGUAGCAAAGAUACAGCAGGCAGAUGCUUUCUUCAUGGUACAGCAUUGCUAGAUAAGUAUUGUUCAGUGAUACAAAAGCUUCCUUUAAAACUUAAUUACUUAUAGCAGCAUUUCUGAACAGUACCCUAAGUAUUUCAGAUGAUGGAAAACCUAUUUUCCUUGAGGAAUUCUUCACUAAAAACCCUGCAAAGUGAAUACAAUCCUGGGAUGGCAUACUGAUCCUCAGAAAAAAACUGAUAACAAAACUCAAAAUUGCUUCUUUUCCUAGUUAACAAAACCAUGUAUAUGCCCAAAUGAUUUUUAGCUAGAAAAUAAUUUAGAUAGAAAUAAAUGGGUUGCUCAACAGUAGUUGCACUAGCACUUAAAGUUGCAAUUAUAUUCUGUUUUCUAUGUAUUAUAGAUAUGAUGACGUGGUACUUGAAAGCUAAAGAAAACACUAACAUAGAUUUGUACUAAAAAGUAGAAAAUUAAUAUCUGUAUUUAAAAUAUAUUUACUAUUUAUGUCUUUAUUUUUAUUUAUAUGGGAAUAAUAUCUGUAAAGACAAAUCAGGAAGACCAAUAUGUCGCAAAUUGAAGUUAGAGAGAAAAAGCUGCUGUACAUGUACUGCCAAACAAAGCAGUGUCUCUUCCUGCGUUCUCAGCUGGAGGAGAUUACAAUUUCUCUAUUUUUAAUGCCUAAUGGAUUAAAGUUCCCAUUUCAUUUCAGUGGGCUUUGAUCAGGCUAUAAGCUGGAGUCCGGGUCUUGCAAUCCUUCCACAUUUUAAUAUAAUAAUCCCAUUCCUGGUUUUGCCACUGUUAUUUUAAUGAGAUAGCUUGCAUUAUUAUGAGCUGCAGAUAAGGAUUUCUGUUACUUUGUCUUGCACUGUGCAGCUUUAAUUAAUUACUUAAUCAUAGAAAUAACCAUAUUUCAUUGGUGAAUAAAGCAGUGCAGUUCUGUAUCAGUUUGACAAGAAUUUAGGUAUCUUUUAACGAAUGGAAAUGUUAAAAUUCAAUAUACAUUUAUGUGUUUAUUAAAACACAUAAGUUAAAAGGUUAGAUGGUCUUUUAAGAAAGCCACUAAUGUCACUAACUUGGUUACUCUGAGCAGUGAGAUGUGUGCACACAGAAGGGUGAAUUCCAUCGGGAGGGUGUACACAUGAGGCUGAAUCAAAAAAUCAGUGGAGAUGUGAGUGUGCUCUGCCCAGCCCUGUGGAAAUGCUCCUGUUAGAGCAGAGCAAAGUCAAUUGUCAGUAGUGAAGAUCCCAAACCCAUUAGGAUCUUUUAUCUAGUUGGUUCCUGCAAUGCAUUUGGCUCAUAUAUUUCAUAACUGGAACCUUCUUAAACAAAAGUUUAAGGAAGGUAAAACUUGGCCUAUACAUUUCUUCCCUGUGGUCAAUCACUUUUCAGUCUCAGUUUUUAUUGUAGGGUGAUGUCACUCAGCUCAAACAUGUAAGUAGUAAUAUUUGUGCCACUGCAUUUAAAUAGCUCCUGUAAUUGUGUUCUGUCUUACUGGAAGACAAAGAAAUAGGUUCUGCUGUGAUACAGACUCACACUUUAGCAAUCCUUCAUUUAUUGCUAACUCUUAUAUUUAGAGAUGCAAACAUAAACAAAAGCUGUCUUAUGUUUUGAAAACUACACCCUAAAAGGAAGCCCAAACAACUCCGAACUUAAGCCUUAGCAGAAUCUACACAUCGCAGUAGUAAUCAUGAUGUUUUGAUUUUGUCCCCAGUGCCUAUUCUUUAGUUAUCAGUGGGCCACAACUGUUAAUGUUUCCACUUAGUUAUUUUUUGGGAGUGUCUUGAAAAUGAAAACCAUUGCCAAAAUCUUAAUAAAUCCAAAGCAUUAUAAAUCAGUAACUUAGAUUCAGACCAAGUUAUGAGUGCUGAUACUAUAACAUAUACCACAUGUAUAUUAAAACUUACCAUAAUAGCAGUAGAUAAAAUCAUUCUGUUUUAUUAUACUUAACUUCUAGUGGCCAAGUUUGCAUUUAUUUUUAAAUGUGAUUCUUCAUAAGUGCCAGGAAAUAAACAUUAAGAGCUCAGUGUCAGUUUUCUAGUGGUUUUUCCUGUGUGUCUCUGUAGAAUUUCUUCCAAUUCACAUUUAGAGGAGACUCUGAUCUGCUCUGUGUUGUGAUCAACAGUACAUGCAAAACAGAUCUUCUGUCCCCAUUCUCUGUGUAUGAAGCCACAUGUUUUGGCUUCCUGAGAGAAAGAAAACAGUUAUUUGAAUAAGAGUUAGUCCAUUCAACAAUGAGAAAACCCAUGGAACCACCCAGUUUUUGAAAUCUAGAUCCCAAACAUCUCUGCAUGUUAUGUGAGUUCGGCGCUGACUCUGGCAAGGGCAGCACGCAAACAUCCAGUCUCAUGGGAUACAUCUGGUAAAAAUCUUGGAACAUAAUUGUUCCUCUUUUAUCAGACAUGGCAGUUUGAGCUCACUCUUAGAGAUUUGUGGCUUUUCUUACCUGACCUGGAUGGGUAAGGUGGCUACUAGAUGUGCUGCAGUCACAGCUCCUAAACACAGUGCAAAUACACCCCAGAGCUCUGCAGAAAAUGCCACUCAUUAAAUGAGCAGGGUUUUUUCAGCUUUUCCCUCUUUAUUGUCUAUCUCAUUUUUUUCUCUGUACUGUAUAUGCUGUUACAAAUGUGCUGUUGCAACCUUUGUUUGUUUUUAAGACAUUGACAGGAAAGCAACCUGAGUAGGGCUGUCAGCACUUUCCAGUGUAACAGAAAGUAAGGUCCUCUGUGUACCCUUCUUCCUGCUUUGAGAAAUCGAUCAUGCAACCUUUGCUAGACGUUCUCCGUGGGAUGCUGUCUCCUCCUGCUCCCAGACUGGACCCUUAUGGACUGAAAAAUGUAUUCCUGUACAGAUUCUGCCAUGGUGCUGUGACAAAAGUGUGUUAUGGGAAACUUGAGAAGCCUCUUUCAAAGUGUAAAACACAGUAACUAUGUCAUGUUUGCACAUUAGUUUCUUGGUUGUGUUUAGUUUCUAAAGUGUAGGCAAUAGGAAUUUAAGUGAUAUAAUAGUAUUUCUGAUUAUGCUGUUAAAGCAAAGAGGAUGCAUUGUGUGGGUAUUGGUGCUUAUUUGUGAUGUACCUGUGUUUGUGUGGUGCUGUUUGUGAGUAAAGCUGUAGAUUACACAUCAGUUUAAGGAGCUACACACUGUUCAUGACUUCUAGACUGCCAUCCAUAGAUUACUGUGAGGGAAUAAUUUUGAGGGAAACUAGAUCUGUAGUAUCCAGAUUUAUUGAUUUCAGGAUUCAUAGAACCAGAUGCAGUAAGUUUUAUCAAUAGUACAGUUCUAACAAAUACAUCUUUAUUUCUACCUGCUACUCACAACUUCUCAUCGUAAUAACGUGUUUAUUUUGUGCCACUGCUUUCAAUAUCUGCUUUGUUUGCAUCAUUGUUGCCUUCAGUUUCCCUUCCUUUGUUUCCCAACCUAUGAAUAACUUGAGGAGGCUGAAGAAGCAGCCCAGGUCUUUUGUUCUUGAAAAUAAGAUUGAUUCAUUUUCCUUAAGCAGGGUGUUGUAUUAACUUGCAUUACAUUGUUUAAUGCUCCCAGAUGGUCUCUUCUCACUGGCUGUGCCAUUUCCCACCUGCUAAGGAAAAAUCAGUAUCAUGUGUUACAACUGUCACUGGAGUUUUACAUCAUUAAAUAAAACAGAGACUUUGUGGGGAGCAUGGUCACUUCUCCAGUAUUUCAGUUCUGUUAGGACAGUCGAAACCAAGUGAAAUGGCUAAACAUUCCAAAAUACACUUUUAAAUAGUUCUGGGAAAUAUACAUAAGUGAAUGCAAGUAAAGGGAUCACCUUUAUUGCUUCUCUGUCAAAUUAAGUAAUGCCACUUUGAUGUUCUAAUACUGAUUAUAUAUGGACAUGGAAAAAAUAUGACAAGAAUACUGAUCGGGUUUUUUUUAAUACUGUGGAAAAAGUGAACCGUAGGUCUCUGCUGUAUUCAGAAAUGUAGAGGGGCAAUAUGUGGAAAUGGAAACUUUGAUAAGCAAUCAAGUUUUUGUAGUCAUAUAGUUUUCUGCAUAUACAGUUAAAGCAUCUGCCAACAUAUUGCAUGUUUUAUGCCAACAGUGACCUAUUUUAAUGUAUGCAUGCAUUUUGAGAAUAUAUCCUUGUUCUUUGGAUCUCUGAGGUCUGCCAGGUAAAUCUCAGGUGCAGUAAUCUCCUACAUACCUUGAAUAUUCACUGUCAUGAGUGCAUAUUCUAAUCUGUAGGAAGAUUAGUAUAUCAGGACUAAAAUUGCCCUAUAGAUUUUCAAAGAGUAAUCUUUCUCUGAGGAACUAUACUGAUAGCAAUUGCUGGCUAGCAGCAUAGCCUGGACUGCUCUGAGAAGACAUUUCAGUUUAUAUAAAUAUGUCUUAGACUAAGCAGUAGCAGCAGAAAGCUAAAUUGAAAAGAAAUAAGAAAAUGACCAAAAAUCCCACUAUUAGGGGAACAACAUACUUCAAAGCCAUAAGCCAAAAAUGCUCAGGGCCCACAAAACAAUACAGCAAUUUAGGGAUGUGAAUAGGCAUUUUCCAAGGGAAUAGCAGUGUUUCAUUGCACAGGUAGUGGUACAACAAGCACUGUUCAGGUUUCAGCUGCCUUGAACAGCACUUCAUUGUCAUUAUAGCAAAGUCAUCAAAUGUUGAAAAACAUUUGCCUGUGAAGGAGUUGCCUGUAGCUGAACCCACUGCCUACUCCUGUCUGUUAAUGGAACAGAAUUGAUGUGCACUAUCCAUGAUGAGGCAGUUUAAAGAAAUACAUUCAAGAAGCCAACAAGCACCAACUUUUCAAUCUGUCUUUGAAUUAUUAAACCUUCUGACUAAUUUUUACUGUCACCGUUGGUCCUAUACCCCGGAUAUUUGAAAUUCUACAUCAUGCUCUCAAAAAAAAUUCAUUUAUAAAUAGCAAUCUGCUUGAAAAUACAGACCAUAUUUAUUUUUAAUUCUUAGAAGGGAGUCUCUUGACUUUGUUCAUUGCAUGACUCAAAGAGAAGAUGGAGGCAUUUAGGUCAAGUAUGGCAAUACCAACCAGAAUGGCAGAAAAUCAAUUAAAAACUCAUUUUGCCCAGUGGCUUAAUGAUAUUUGAAUAAAAGAGAUUUUAUAGUGUACUGAUAUUCAGCAACAGCAUUGUAGGACUGUGUAGAAGUCCUUAAGUCAAUUAUAUCCCAUAGGGAAUAGAAAACAGAUUCUAGUCAAACAUGUAUUUUUACUUCAUAUAGAAGAGAAAGGCUGUCUGACCAGAAAUUUAACUCUGCUUCUGUCUUCAUUACCAUGACCACACAUGAGAGAAGAAGGAUUUUCUUUAACAGUGGUCUGAUUCUGCCACUGAAUUGGCCUCCUGCCCUCAUUUUAAGGGCCUGAUAAGCGACCUGCUGAUGUCAGUGAUGAACAUCCACUUGAUUCCAGGCAUGUAAGGCAGCUCCUUCCACACGUGUGAAGCACGGGUAAAACUAUGUCAUUCCAGACCCCAAGCCUACAAACUUUCCUUUACACAUGAGUCCCAUGGAGUUAGUAAGACUUGUUUGUACAGUAUGAGGAAAGCACAGAUGUUUGCAUAUGCAGGGCCCUAUUUGAUAGCAGUUUAUACACAUUUUAUCUCAAUAUCUCUGCAAUAUACAUGAAUACCAAUACAAAUAAAAAGUACAGGGAACUUAAAUGGCAUUAUUUCUUGUCUAGUUUGUGUUGGUGACACUUGAUUAUUAGGUAUAUUCCAGUGUGUGAUGUUCAUUCCUUGAGUAUGUGCCACACCCUAGAUUGGUUUCUCAGUGUUACAGCCAUUCACAGCCGUGAUGUGGUACAGGCCUGUAGAAUCAAGGUUGAUUUGAUUCUUUAGAGAUGCACCUUAUUGGUUGAAAGCAGGACCCCUGCUUUUCUAAUAUUUUAAACACUGUGAUCUUUCAGAAUGUGUUUAUUGUAUUAGUUUUGUAUUGUAGAAUAUGAUAGAAACUAGAUUUUAUAGCUUUUUAAAAGCAGUGAUAAUACUAAGCUUCAUAGUGGCAGAACAAACUGUGUAUAUCCAUAUUAUGAAUAUUAAAGCUGUGAUUAUAUUUUGCCUUAAAUAAAAGUCCAACCUUGAACAGUA